AUGUGUGCUAAAGCCCUCACUGCAUUAUUGAAUCAAGCAGAACAAUCUGGCCUGAUAACACCUGCACCAAUAGGAAGAGGCCUCAUCUUAGUUAAUCAUCUUUUCUUCACGGAUGAUAGCAUUCUCUUCUAUCAAGCAACCCCUCUGGAGCACCUUAAUGUGCUUAAGAUCCUAAAAAUAUAUGAGAAGGCAUCAGGCCAGGUACUAAACAAAGAAAAGUCUAUCAUUUUCUUUAGCAAAAAUACCAAACAAGAUGAUAAGCACCAAAUAUUGAAGCUGGCAGGGGUCAAUUCAUGCAGCAAAUUUGAAAGAUAUCUGGGGUUACCGGCACUUGUGGUCAGAAGAAAAGUUGUAGAAUUCCAUGGCCUUAUUGACAGAACAUGGGCCCGUGUGACCAAUUGGAAAUCAAAGUACCUCUCUGCAGUAGGCAAAGAAGUUCUCCUCAAAGCAGUGCUGCAGGCCAUACCUACCUAUUCCAUGGGGAUUAUUUUGCUUCCAAUUUCCAUAACAAGAAGGCUGAAUCAACUACUCAAAAAUUCAAUGGGUCAAGUGGAAACAAAUUAG